GGGAGACGGAUGGGAAGAGACAACGAUAAAACCUCUGACCGACGGCUGGGAAAACAGAUAAACAUGUAUACACGCUGCGAAUUAAAAAAUACAGUAGUGGGUAUUUCUUAGCAAUAUUUAUCGGGGAUAUUUUCACACCUUCUGAAGUAACACAAGGAUCGCGCGAGAUCCUGCUCCUGUGUCUCGCAUUUUCCUUGCAUGGGUUGCACUUAAAUGCCUGGGAUGCUUUGACUGGAAUUAAAGAUAGAGACAAUGUCAGAAGAGGUCCAACAUAGAGUGGAUGAGGACUUUGAGUCUGAGGAGGGAGAUCUUGAGUCCUGUCUGGAGGAAGAGUGUAGCAGUGAGCUUCUGGAGCAGGUGAAAGAACUUCAAGCAGAGAACUCUGCCCUUUCCCUGGCAAAUGAAAGUCAGAGAGAAGCAUACGAACGAUGCUUGGAUGAGGUGGCCAACCAUGUUGUCCAAGCUUUACUCAAUCAAAAGGAUCUCAGAGAGGAAUGCAUUAAGCUGAAAAUGCGUGUGUUUGAUUUGGAGAGGCAGAACAGAACACUGUGUGAACUGCUGCAGGAGAAAUUACACAGUCAAUCAUGUGUACAUCAGCAGCCAGGACCCUGUAUGGAACACAUCGGCGAGCUGCAACACAGUGACUCAAAUAAACUGACUGAGACUCAGAGGAUUCCGCAGGCCAAAGAAAACAGUGAAUGUGCACAAACUUGCAUAUCUGACACCCAGGGCUCAUCCACCUCAAUGGAGGCCAUGUCCCCAUUCUUGAAAAAGAAAGCACACAUAUUAGAGGUCCUCCGCAAGCUUGAAGAAACAGAUCCACUUCGGUACAAUCGUUCCUCUGGCAUUCCCUCAAUCUGUGAUUACAGCCAGGCUCUUGCCUCCAAGGAGGCUGUAUUAGCCUGCAGAGACAAUUCAUCCAGGUGUAAUGCACCCAAAGCACAUUGUUCCCAUUCCUGUCCAGAUGUUUGCACACAUCAGCAUUUGAAUGGAGGAGAGCACAGCAAUGUAAAGUGUGGUAGUUGUAGCACAUGCCUGAUGCUGUCCAAUAAAGAUUCUGUUUGCUUAGCCAAGAGUAGUCACAAUUGUUGCACUUCAAACCCCAUUACUAUUAAUAACCUCAAUUUGGCUUGGCCCGAUUUCCAGGAGAAUACGGACUUGCAGAGCCUUGUGAAGCCUGCCACAGGUACAAGUGAACCGUUUGUUAAUAGAACAUCUGCUGAUGUGUCCAUUCUUUCAGCAGACCAUCCUAAUGAUCCCCACUCAUUAGAAGCCCAAGAGUCAUAUUCCAGAUUAUUAGUCUCGGAAAGAGAUCAGCCCAGAGGAGUUCCCGGUCAUAUGUCCAUAGAAACAAGAGACAAGAAUAGGCUGUCAGACAUUCUGCUUGAGUCCCAAUCAAACCGGUCAGGUGGCAGCACCUGCAAAGUGAUGAUUUGUGAUGAUAGCGCAAUUGAUGUUACCCUACUGGACUCUGACUUAAAGCACUUAAAUGCUGUGGUGCCACAGAGACUUGAGAAAGUUAGUGGUAGUGAAGAGUUUGCAAAUAAAGAAGACACUGACUGUGUCUGUGGAGCCAACACAGCUGCCUCAAAGCUGCCAACUUUUGGACUCAAAAACAAUGCACACUGUGAGAUAGAAAGCAAUGAACCAGUUCACAAAGGUCUAUUAUUUUCACCCAAUGAGAACCAUACUGCCUCAAAAGUAUUGGAGGACAUUUCCAUCCCUGUGAAAGACAGUACCCCACCUGAUCCUCAGUCCAACAGAUCUAAACUUGCAAUGAGCCCCCAUCAAGUUUCCUGCAUUAGAGAGGUCAAAUCCUCUCCCUCCAAACUUCUCAAAUUCCUGAAAAUACCCACUCUUGGAGAACGUACAGCAGUACCAAAUACACCCCAUCUCAGUCCACAAUUGACUCGUAGUUCAAAGAUUCCUUGCCGGAGCAACAACUAUGAGGUGCACCAGUCACCUGUUGCUACACGAAAAGCCACCACAACCGAGAGGCAAAGACAGUUGCCAGGCUCUAAAUCCGAAUCACACUCUGCUCCAACUUCUCCACCCCAGCCUGAUGAUGUCCCCACACCACUGACAAAGGACCUUAGCUGUGGAAUUCCUAAAACAAGUCGUGUAGCCAAACCUACACAAAGUUCUCAUGUUCGGAAGACCCCUCAGAAGAUACCACACUACGAAAAUGUCUCGGAUCUCUCCAAGACAUACGGCACUGAUGUAUCCCAGUUGCUUGGGGAAGUGAGCUCAUCUCUUUGCAUUGCCAGUCCUAGUAGAGAAGGUGUGAAAGGAAAGCAGCUAACGUUUGGUAUGGAGCGGCCAACAAGUCUGAGGCAGAAUGAUAUCUCACCAGAAUCUGAUUCUUCAGACCAGGAGGACAGCUCGGAGAGCCCGGUUUGGCAUAAGCAAGUCAAUCAUCGUAGUCUGCCUAGUCAGUCAUCAUCGCAGAAGGUUCAGAGCGGGAUCGGCACAAGGUCCAGAAGCCAAGAGAAGAAUGAGGUCAUAGUUAAUGAUCCACAUAUCAAAGAGUCACCUUUCAAAAGGGAUGAUCCACCACCUGUUCCUAGAAAACCAGGGAUUGGAAGACAUUCAGGUGAAUCAAACCAUUCAUUUAAAGAGCGUCUGGCUGCACUUGGCAAGCUAAGGAACCCAGAGGAAUUUACUUCUUGUCCUCAGAUUGCAGAAAAGAAAGAAAUUCAGUCUGCUGAUAUUAUACCAACAUUGACCAAUGAUAAAAUCAAAACGGCUGAAAGAAAUUUUGAUUGUAGGUCAGGAGAAUAUAGACUUCCAAAAAAUUCAGAAUCCACUGAUGAUAAACUCUACCAUUCAGGUCAUCUUGAUGGUUCCGUCUCCAAACAGCAAGGAUCCUUUCAGCAUGCCGACCAAGCAGUCAAGUCACUUCCCUCUAGCUCGUUAGUCUCGAAACUUGAACAUGAAUCUUCUAAAACAUUUUUAGCAAAGCAGGAGAGCCCAAAAUCAAAGAUGCAUCAACCAUCUGCUAACUUAGAAGCUGCACAAGCAUUACGCAGCUAUGCUAAAGGUACAACACCCCACAGCCUUUCAUAUAAUGGUAAAAAUUUUGCUGGCCCCCACAGUAGUAGUCCUAACAAAAUCCCACUCAAAUCACCGACGAAAACUGUGCCGCCAUCUAUGAAACGAGAUGGGAAACCUACUCAGGAGUUUCAGAGGUACAUGUCAAAAUCUGAGGACAGGAGCCAUCUCAGGGCCAAUAAGAAGAAGACUUCUUAUGGAGAGAGCCUUCCUCCUCCACCACCAAGGCCGGUAGAAUCUGUAGAAGAAAAGAGGCACUCUGCUCCCAGCCCGCAGUCCUCUAUUGAGCAGAAGGUCAUGAAGGGCAUUAAAGAGAAUAUGCUAAAACUGCAAGAGCAAGAUAAAGGGCAAAUGGUUGAGGUCAAGCAGAAGGCUUCCAAUGGUAUUGCCAACUGGUUUGGCCUAAGAAAAAGCAAGCUACCAGCCCUGAGCCGAAAACCAGAAGCACUGAAAGGGAAAGAUGACAAGAGAGAAUGGAAACUUAAUAUAUCUUCGGUUGGCAAGGACUCCAAGGGUGCUGCUAAGAAAAUGGAGAGUGAGAGCUUGAACAUAUCUAUGUUAAUUGAGAAAGCUGAGGGCUUACAUAAAGCGCUUGAAGAAGAACGGGCCUAUGUGAAUGGAGUGGCUUUGGAUCGCCAAGGAAAAGGACAUUCCUGUGAGGUGGUGAUGGAUCAAGCCCAAGGGCAGUUGUCUGUAAUGUACAGAGGAUUGCCAUCUGACAAUUUCAUGCAGCAACUGCUAAACCGGGUUGAUGGGCAGGACACAGGGAUCACUAUGGCACAUCGACGCUUCUCAUUUGACUGUAAAUCCAGACCUGUAUUUAGUCAUCAGAGCACAGGCAUUCCUAGUCAGAGAAGAAGCAGUGAUGACAUGGAAAAGGUUUCUACUUUAUUAAGUAAAAAUGUUACAUCGGAUGAAAACCUGGCUGAGACGAUUCACCAUGAACACUUUGCAGGUUCAGGAAUCUCUACACACACCCUUGACAGUGGCAUCGGCACUUUUCCUCUUCCUGACUACAGUGCAAAUGCUGGUUGCAAAAGCAUUUCCAAAGGAAAGGCACAUGGGGAGAAUGACCCUUCUCUUCUCCAGGGAAAAAAUGGCUUAGGGACGAAGAUUUCCCACAAGGUCUGGACUUUGGAGAGAGAGCUGUCAUCUUUAGAAGAAGACUAUAUGGGGAGUCAGGAUCUGGACCAUCACACCAGCACUAUGGAAACCAAGAUUCCAUCCAGCCAGAUUGCAAACAUUGUUCAUGAUGGCACUGAAAUCUGUGGAGCACCUGUGAAAUUAGGCCCCACAAAGAACUGGACUUUCCCUAACCUCAAAGCAUCUGCAGAGCCAUCUGAGGUUUAUCUUGGAGAUGGAGUGGAGUCAGUCAGUCAUAAGAGUUCGUUUAAGAGGCGCAACAAGACUAGUGAUUCCAUGGUCAGCCGUGAAGGCGACCCAAGAAGUCUUCCUCAACCUGGCCAGGCACGUCGAGGCAAAAGCCGGAUUCCUGCUAACCCAGAGAUGGUCAGGGACACUGGUCUAGAGUUGGUGAGAGAAAGACCUGAUGAUAGUCUGUCUCCAAGCCAUCCCCAAGUUCUUGAGACCCCCGAAUCCCUGAGCGAUUCUCUCUAUGACAGCCUCUCCUCCUGUGGUAGCCAAGGCUGAAAUGGUUUUAGAAGUUAGGACUGAAUGAUAACCAGGUACCAAACUUUAUAUUGUAACCCUGAUUCUCGUGAUACUUCUUACGCUUCAGACAUUUUAGGAGGAGGAUACUUACGGGAUAACCCAUUUUUUUGACUGGAAAAAACUCACACAAAAUGUUACUCCUGUACACAAGAUACCCAUGUUUGUAUCUCAGUUAUCCUGAUGGAUGGAAGAAGGACUUUUACAGUGUGCUUGUUGUGAUUUUAAACCAUUAUAACAACUCUGUCACCUCAUUCGUGUUCUCUGUUUCUAGUAGCCAAGUAGUGAUGUUGAUAUCAUAUUGUUAUAGGAAUAGUUCAUCCAAAAAUGAAACUUCGUUAAUCAUUACAUUACCUUCAUGUUCUGAACUUGUAUGACUUUUCUUUUAGCCUCAGUGACCAUUCGCUGAGAUAACAUAUGGUCCCAUGGAAGAAAAUAAGUCAUUUAGGUUUGGAACGAUGACUGUGUUUACAUGGACAUCAGAAAGCAGGUUAUUACGAGGAAAGCAGUGUUCCGGUUUACAUGCAUGGUUUAAGCGGUGUACUCUUUACUUCCGUAUACACGCGGCUCGGUCAGUAAGCAGCUUUCUCCACAGCAACGUAAUUUCCCUGUGAUGCUUGUGUAAAUAACAAACAUGGUAUCCGAAAAAGACUUCACUAUUUCAUUCUCUGUAGCUUCACUUUAUUUCCAGAUAUUCCAGAGUUGUUGCUGUGUUUGUUUCCUUAAUUAUCUAUCGCGACCUGCAGUGGAAUUGUACUUCAAUAGUGGGGUUUCCCUUUACGUAAAACUCCAAUAUUGCCUCGAUGUACAAGCGCAUAUACGUGAAUGUUAGGGACUGUCAAUAUUUUACAUUGGUGUGUAUAAAUGGUUAUAGUUUAUUGUGUGUGCUUUCCAUACUGUACUCCCAGAAAUGUCUUAUUGUUGGGCUCCAUCCUAUAACGUUUGUUAUUUGGUCUUUUCCAUGCACAUGCACACUCUUCAAAAACCCGUUAGACAGCCACUUAUGUGUUUACAUGGCCACAUAAGCAGUGUUCUCCGGUAGAAACCUAGGUGUGCUAAACUGCUUUCUCUUAAUCCCUUAAACGGCGUAAAGAAAUCAACAUUCUCUUUUAUAUGACGUUUCAGAAAGCCCCUUUCUGCAAAAACCCUGGAAUAAACCGCUUUCUUAAGUGCAUGUAAAUGUGUUCAAUAUGAUGGUGAGUGAUGACAGUUUUUAUUUUUUCAUUUUUGGGUGAACUACCUCUUUAAAUUAACUUUACAGAUGAAAGCUUGAGUCCAUUGCAACAGUCUUCCAGUUUUUAAUCUCACAGAAUGUUCUGCUAUUCUCAUGCAACAUUAGUGCACAUUCUUUGGUAAAAUUUGUGUAAAGUUAUUGGAAUAUGAAUGUUAAUAUAUGUGAGUUUCAAUUAAUUUAAUAUGCUUAUUUCAUGAAAAUAAAAAAUAUGCAUUUGUGUAAAAUUCAUGCAUAGAGAUUGUUUGAUUCAUUGUGUUUAAAAAAACUAAAAAAAAAAAAAAAACUUGUAGCUGCAACAUAAAUGCUAUCCAUGCAAGACUGAGCUACAGUGAUCCACAGUUUAUUUAUUUGAUUUCUUUGAAUAGUGUAUUGUAAGACAAGACCACAUUUUAUUGGUUACUCCUUUCAAGUUGUUUUAAAACAUGUACCAUGCCUAACUUUGUACUUUGUCUCUCUUGGUGUCUAUACUUUAGUUUUAUUACCCAAAUUUGUCCAUGGCUUAUUUGUUAUGUUUAUGCAAGGAUUUUUCAAAAACUUUUGACUUGUGAAUUCAUGACCUAUUUUGAACUGUGUUAUUGGAUCACCCUGCUUACAAUCACUGACAUAUUUAUACAAAAUUAAAAUUUUGACCACAACCAAGUAGUAGAAAACAAAAAUGAGCAAAUAAUCAUCAAACCAUUCCUUGUGAAUUUUGAAUACUAUGCUGAUAAGUCAUUUAAUAUUUUUGUUGAUGUAAUUAUUCUGUCUCUGCCUUACACAUCUUUUCACAAGCUGUUAGAAAUGAUCUGACUCUGGGCCUCUGAAAAAGAGAUUUUCAUUGGGAAAUUCUCAUGUUUUUCCACAAACCCAUAUUUUUUCAGCCGAAAACAUUUUGGUGCAAUUCAAGUCAAGGUGUAGCAAUGCGUGUUUUUGACAAUGCUAAUCCUGCAAAAAAAUAAAAAUUAUUAUAAUAAAUAAUGCCUUGCAUUUUCAAGUGGUUGCACAAAAAGCCAUAGGUUAGUAGAUAAGUAGUACAGCCCAAAUCCUUUCUAAUAUGUGCUGACCUCUUUUUUUUAAUAAAUCAACCAUAGCAAAAGACCAAUCAGAAACAUUCCCAAACAUGUGUACUGUCAUCCAGCUGUCUCUCAAUGCCCAUGUAUAAUGUACCAUUUUUGUAGAGAGGAAUAAACUUUGUAGUCCUGCUCCAUCUUUUAAGCAUGACACUCUUGUUUUGUCACAAAACCUUCUAUUGAUUUUUUUAAGUAGUUUGUUACUAUGUUAGAUCCAUAAUUUGCCUGCCAUUAGAACUAUUGUUAUUUACGUUGUUGUAAUUGUCAGGAAUAUUUUAUAUUAGUUUGGUAUGUUUACAAAAUAAUGAAGUUGUUAAUAUAUCUGUAAAAUGAUUAUACUGUAAGGUGCUAUCUGAUUUUUUUUUUUUCACUCUGUCCUGCAAAAGCCAUAAAUGUGUUCUCAUAAUCUCCUUUUUAAGCAAUCGCCAUCACUCAUGCAGCUCAAUAAAACCUUUUGAAGUAUUUAUUUUUGUGGUUCAUUAUAAAAUAUGUGGCAUGGUUUUUGUACAUGUAGU